UAGAAAUGAUGCAUCAUAGAAUGUAGAAGUGAAUAGUCAAUGCAUGAAGUGAUCUACUAGUUACGAAUUUAUCUGAUCUGAUCAUUGGACUGAAUAUUGUCGUGCUGAGGGUUGGAUGAGAAGGAAGGACGGAAAUACAAGGGUUUAGCAGCGUGACAGGAAGAGGAUAUGAUUGAACUGUUCAACGGGUUUAACCUGCAUCCCCACACAAUCUCAAUUUGGAAAUCUCAACCAAUUCCGAGAUCAAUUUCAUUGAUCUCCUACUCUGCUAUUGACGAGGAUUCAUGGAUUAAAUCAUCCUGCUCAACCCUACACAAGGAUACACAUGACAAGGAAAACUGGUUUUCUUGGAUCGUGAGUUCUGGAUCCCGGGGAACCCUCUCCCCUUCUCCUCCUCCCUCCCCCCAUCCUCUACCCUUCUCACUUAGCAGAUAUCAUCAACCUACCUGGAGACUGUGGGGGGAGGAGAAGGUAGAUGGAGCUAUAUACACUGUAUACCUCAAGAAGGUUCGCUAUCAUACUCCGACUAAAUCCACAAACUCAGACGAUGAGGACUCAAUCUCCCACCUUGAGUGGGAGACGGUUCGGGUUCGAUUUGUGAAAGCUGGAACUCUAGCUAGGCUAGUAGAUGCUCUAGCUAGUGAUACUGGAGAACUAGAGUCAACAUAUAUAAACGUCUUCCUCGCCACUUACAGAACAUUUGCUUCUGCUAAACAAGUUCUUAAUCUACUCACGGAGAGGUAUGAACAACUGGGGAAUAUGAGCAAAGAAAGAUCUGAGCAGCAUCGUCGAACCCUUCGUCAAGCUCUUCAUGUUUGGUUGGAUCAGUUUCCGGAGGAUUUUAAUGAACCUCCGAACUAUCCUUGUCUGACACAGCUAGAGACAUUCUGUAGGAAGAUAAUGCCAGGAUCAGAACUGGACACAAAGGUUCAACGGAAAGGGAAGCUACUGAGAAAUGAAGGAUCUGUCUCCGAGUCCCCCUUGAUACAGCAGCUACUUGGUUCACACCACUCACCAUCCAGAUACUCACAUAAAUCCCAGUCUCUCCCGUCCUACGCUCUCCCUGGAUUCCAGGAUAUAAUAGAUAUCCCAACCCGACACUUUGCUCACCAGAUCACAGCUAUGGAUAAUGAUCUGUUUAAGAGGGUUGUUCCUCAUCAAUGCCUUGGCUCUGUAUGGUCCAGGAGAGACAAGAACAGGGAUAGAGACGCAGCUACGGUUGUUGCAACCAUAGAGCAGUUUAACGCUGUCAGCUAUAGAGUUAUAUCCACGGUUCUAAUUGAUGCUGAUGCUAAGAACACAACACGAGGACGUGUUAUCUCCUCUUGGAUUGAUAUUGCUCAGGAACUCAGAGUUCUCAAGAACUUCUCUUCACUCAAAGCAAUUGUAUCCGGUCUGCAGUCCAACCCUGUAUAUAGGUUAAAGAAAGCCUGGAGUACGGUUUCUAGGGAAAAACUUGAAAUAUUUGAAGAAUUGGCGCGAAUAUUUAGUGAAGAAAACAACGCGGUUGCCCAGCGCGAGCUCCUGGUCCGCGAGGGAACAGCCAGGUUCGCGGAUACAGCUGGAGAGAAUGAUCAUCAUAUGCAGAAGGUUCUUCAGAAGCACCAAGAGAACUCAAGAGGAGUCAGCUAUGGAACCAUACCAUACCUUGGAACCUUUCUUACAGAUCUGACUAUGAUAGAUACAGCUAUACCUGAUAUUGUUGCUGAAGGAUUGAUAAAUUUUGACAAGAGAAGAAAGGAGUUUGAAGUUUUAGCUCAGAUAAAACUACUGCAGGGAGCUGCCAAUGCCUACUCUAUAGAUCGAGAUCCAAGGUUUACAAAAUGGUUCGAGUCCGUCCUGAUUAUGGACGAGCUUGAAGCAUUCGAAUUGUCUUGUCAGAUCGAGCCGUUGAACCAAACCACUCAGAAUAGCGGGAGCAAGGAAUCCAGGUUUAGACGAAGAAUAACUCCGUUGGGUCAACAUAGAAAGAAUGAUUCUAUCGCUAGUACUGUCUCCGGUAGUUCUAACUCCAGUACUCCUAUGCACUAUGAGACGGACGGAUCUGUUCGAGAUGAUGAUGAAUCCAAGAUGACUGCCUCACUAAACGAUAGUUUAAGAUCUAGAGUUUCUUCAGCUAGCUCAGCCUGCUCCACACCCUCUAUUGAUACUAGUCUUGCCAGUCUAGGAACUCCGAGUAGAUCAGAUAGAGUUAGUGAUAAUCCUGGAGAUCCCGCUCCAGAUCCGUUCAGAACACCAGAGUUCUAUAUUAUCAGGGUAUCCCUGGAGUCAUCAACAGAAGCUACAGAAGGAGUGAUAAUGUACAAGAGCAUAAUGCUGAGUAACCGUGAACACACAAGAGAAGUGAUCUGCAGUGCAAUGCUUAAACAUGGUUUAGAAGGCUCACCAGAUGAUUAUAAUCUGGCGCAAAUGCUUCCAGACAAAGAAUUGAUGAUUCCUUCGAACGCCAACGUGUACUAUGCGAUCAAUACGUCCCACGAUCUAAAUUUUGUUCUCCGACCCCGGAGACCGGAGGUAGAAACUGUCAAGGAGAGAAGAAGAGAUACUAGCAGAGCAAGAAGAAAACUUUUAGGAUUAGCUCUAUAAUCAGCAUAAACAGCCUUACUCUGUUACAAACUCUGCUCUGUAAAAUUUAUCAACCUUUGCAGAUUUGAUAUCAAAGUUUUAUUCUGCAAUUUAUCAUACCAAUCAAACUCUGCAGUCUUCUUCAAUAAUUUACUCUGCAGCCAUUACACCAAACUAGCUCUGCAUCCAUCAUACCAAUCUAGCUCUGCAGCCAUCAUAUCAAUCUAGCUCUGCAGCCAUCAUACCAAUCUAGCUCUGCAGCCAUCAUAUCAAUCUAGCUCUGCAGCCAUCAUACCAAUCUAGCUCUGCAGCCAUCAUACCAAUCUAGCUCUGCAGCCAUCACACCAAACUAGCUCUGCAUCCAUCAUACCAAUCUAGCUCUGCAGACUUCUUCCUAAACUCACUCUGUAGACAUUUUACCAAUCUAACACUGUAGUCAUCAUACCAAUCUAGCUCUGCAGACUUCUACCCAUCUCUGCUCUACAGUUUGUAUACCAAACCUACUUUGCAGCCUAUUCUAUAAACCAGCCUACUCUGCAGCCUUAUAUAUAUAAACCUAUUCUGCAGCCUAUUAUUUAUACCAGCCUACUCUGCAAUUAGCUGAAACAACUCCAGUUUCUGUUAAAACUAACUAUGAGUAUAAGAGGUAUAAUUGAAGAAUUUCUCUCAGAAUAUCUUGCAUUUAAGACGAUCCUAGCAAUACAGAAUGAAACCUAAACCUUCCAGUGGAUUUACUGAGAAAAGUAUUCUCCUCUGUUUUAGUUUAAGCUCGGAGCCUGUAUAAACUUGAUCCCAGAGAAAUCAGCAAGAAACUGAUCCUUGCUAUGAAGAAAAAAAUAAAAAUGAUAUUUAGUCAAGACAAAGUUUCUACGAUGUUAAAUAAAAAUCUAUAGUUUAUAGUUUAGUCAUGAAAUAUAUUUAUUAUUACGUUUAA